AAUCAGAAGUGCUUCCUUAAUUUGGUCUAUAGCUCAAUGAACUCCUAACCAGCCACUAUGUCUUUUGUGGACACUCUGCGCCAGUGGGACAUGGCUGUAACUUGUGUGGAAAGACAGGAUUUGUCACAGGCACUCAAGAUUUUCCUGGCUAUCCAAGAACCAAACUCCAAAAUUAGUUUUGACAUUGGCUGUCUCCAUCUUCUUAACCAAGACCUGGAUGCUGCUGAAAAGGCGUUUGAUUGCAGCAUACGCAAGGAUGAACAUUUGGCUGUUGCCUUCUUUCAAAGAGGAAUGACGUUUUACAGGAAGAAGAGGUAUGAGGAGAGUUUAGCUGAUUUCCAGCAUGCCUUCAAAGCACUAAGAGGCAACCAGCUAAUAGACUACAAAGCACUUGGUCUCAGAUACAAAUUAUAUGCAUGUGAGGUUCUGAUCAACGUGGCUCUGGUUGAGGCUCAGCUGGGUCACUGGGAAAAAGCCCAUGAAAACCUCGUGAAGGCUCUCAACUACAAGACAGACGCCAAGCUCAACAUCAUCGACAAAGCCUUGGACUCCGCCCUGAAACAGAAACUUUUCAAACCAGUCGAGUUCCCAUCCAAAGUGCUGUUUAAACCAAACAAGCACUAUGUUGCUGAGCUGGAGAAGAAGGACUACCUGGGCAAAGCAAAGGUCGUUGCCUCGGUCGUACCUCAGGAUGCCUUCUCUGGAUUUGCCCCACUACAGCCACAGGUUGAAGACGGUCCAACUCGUCCAAAGGAACCUGAGGUUCUAAGGGCUUUAGAAGGAGAACCCCACACCGUGCUGUUUGAGUUUGUUCCUGAGACCAGUGAUGAGUUGGCUGUAGUGCCGGGCAACAUUGUCUUCGUACUGCAGAAGGGUGCCGACAACUGGGCAUCUGUGGUCUUCAAUGAAAGAAGGGGACUUGUUCCGUACAAUUACCUGGAACCUUUGGAGAUCAACUUGGCUUCUAAACAGAAUGAGGGAAGAUCUCAGCCUCCGGGUCGAAAACCACCGACCAGACCUGAAAGGAAACAAGGUCUUACUCCUAGUGGGAACAGCAGUGGAGUCACAAAACGAAAGGAAGAACAAAAACGGCCUACUGACAACUCCUAUAUUGUCAAAGUCCGUUUCACGUUCACUUUUGCUGUGUCAGUACCCCCCGGGUCUCCCUAUGCAAUACUGAUUGACAAGAUCAGUAAGAAACUGAAUCUCCCUCCCACUGCAAUCACCUUGAGUUUAAGCUCCAAGGCGACAGACCAAAGUGUAAUCAACGCCAGCACAGAAAUGGAAAGUGUGUGGAGUCGUGCCAGCGGGGUGCACAUCACCUUGUGGUGUAGCACCACAGAGCGAGCUGAUGGAAAACCAGAGAGCAAGACUCACUUCGUGGCCCUUCAUUCCUACGUGUCGCCAAAUCCAGAGGAUCUCAGUUUCCAUCAGGGCGAUACAAUCACACUACUCUCGAGAAUAAACCAGGAUUGGUUGGAAGGGCAGUGUAAUGGGAACACUGGUAUAUUUCCUGCAUCGUUUGUGGAAGAAGUUCCCGUCAAUGGGCAGUAAUGCAAAUAAAGAAAUGUAAACAGAAAAGAUAUGAAAGGCAGUUAAGUGUCCAAAGCUGAGAACUAAACCCCAUUUUAGAAUCAACUCCAUUUGAUUAAUCCGGGCCUACAUUCGUUUAAUUAAUUUAUAAAUUAAUGAAAUAAAUCAAAAUACAUUUGGACAAGUGGGACAGGUUGUAAUGUUUGGACAAAAAAGCCAUAGGUUUAUAGAUUCUGUGAUGCAGUAAGUGAGGUGAUAAUAAAGUGAUAUCUGAUAUUGAUUUAAUAAAAAUGUAUCAUUACUUACAGCUUCCAGUGAUUACAAGCAAUCUACAUUUAAUACCUGCAGGUGCGAUGAAAUACUGUGUUGAGUUAAGUUAUCAUGGAGACGUUCCUUCGUCUUCGUAGGCAAUAGCUAUGCCUCUCCUGCCCUGGACCGCCUUCACAACAGGCGUCUGUCCCAACCGCCGCUCUAAGCCCCGCCAGCUGCGCUCUGCCAGGAACGAUGCUAAGAAAGCACAAACGUGUAGAGGAAUCAUUUAGAAGUGGGUUUGUGCAAGACUAACAAAUUAAGUGUUUUUGUUGUUUGCUCACAUGCAAACAAUAUAAGAGUUAUUGUGUGUGCAAAGCUUUUUACAAUAAACUUAAGGAUGUAUGGAA